AUGCUUCGCCUAAGAACUGCUAUAUUGAGACCACCCAUCUCCCUGCGCGCACCUUUACGGGCGUUCCGCGUCUCCGCCGCUGCACGGAACGCGGAAAACCUGAAACAAGCGGCGGCGGUGGAGGAAACGGAGGACGUGCGCGAGCUCGCGCGACUCCUCCGCACAGUCAAGCAACGCGCAGAUCCUGCAUCGAACUAUGUCGUGCCGAUGCGCGGUGCAAUCCCCUGGGCACAGGCUCUACUCGAGACGUCGUCUUCACCUUCGUCUGAAGGCCAUGAGACGCCUUCGCCGGAUGAUCUCCCUCCUAGAAGCAUGCACGACUCGUACACCGAAGUGCUCCUUCCUUUCGCCUCUGAUGCCGCGCUAUUCGAGCAGUACACCAAUGCGUCGGGCGGGAUUAGGACCGGGAAGCUACUGGAGCAUCUGGACUCUCUUGCAGGUAGCAUCAGCUACAAACACAUCCUCGGCCCAAAUGUCCAAACCCUAGGCCGUAUCGCCGAGCGCGGGUUCUACGUCGUAACAGCGGCCGUCGACAGACUCGACAUGCUUGCGCCACUCAAACCCGUACGCGAUCUCCGGCUCUCCGGACAUGUUAUCCAUGUGGGAAGCAGUAGUAUGGAGGUGGCGGUCAGGAUGGACGCGCUGGGGAAGAAUGGGGAGGAGACGUUGAUGCUGGGACGGUUCGCGAUGGUUGCGAGAGAUGCGUUCACGCAUAGGGCGCAUCCGGUUAAUAGACUUGUUGUAAAGACCGAGGAGGAACAGGCUCUCUAUCGCAUGGGCGAACUCAACAAGCAACGCCGUCAAUCCCAAGCGCGCCGUUCGCUCCGCCUCGUACCGCCUUCAAGCACUGAAGCUGAAGCGCUACACUCCUUCGAGCUUCAGCAUGCGCGUCAUGACUGGUCGACCCGCCCGCACACCCAGAAGCGGGUAUGGAUGGAGCAUACACGCGAGAGUCGGACGAUGCUUAUGUUCCCGCAAGAGCGCAACGUACACCAGAAGAUCUUCGGUGGCUAUCUUAUGCGGUUGGCGUAUGAGCUCGGCUUUACUACGUCGCGUCUGUUCACUCGUCGUCCCGUGAGCUUCUUGAGUCUUGACAAGAUCUCUUUCGCGAAGCCUGUCCCGAUCGGGAGUAUCCUGCGCUUGAAGAGCGAGAUCCUGUACACCGAGGACAACAUCGUGCACGUACGCGUCAAAGCAAUGGUCGUCGAAGUAGAAACGGGCGCCGAACAAAUGACGAACGACUUCCGCUUUACGUGGUCUGCUCAGCAGGACGCGUCGGAAGAAAAGGGCAUUCCGUUAGUGGUGCCCAAGACCUAUCGCGAGGCGAUGAAGUGGCUCGAGGGCCGCAGGGCGCUCGAGAUCAGCGCUAACAUCCGUCGGUUGAGGGCAGCUCCUUGA